AUACCUAAUUAUAGCUGGUUUUGUAUUCAGCGUCGCAAGAUGAGAAUUGCUGAAAGAAUAGACGCAUUCCGAGAAUUGUUUCCAUGCUCUAAACAGGGUGGAAGAGCAUCUCUGAUGGAUGAAGUUAUCGACUACAUCAAAAAUCUGCAGUUCCAGAUAAAGGAUCUCAGUAGGAGCAGAUUGGGAGGUGAACCUUCUUCUAUCCCAUUUUUAUUCGUUGAGGGUUGUGGACAUUACAUUCUUGAUGAACAACUGAUUGAACCUCUGGAAGAGACAUUGCGCAAGUUGCUGGAAGUGAAUCCCUCAAUGGCAACUCAACUGCUGGAGAAUAAGGGCCUAUUUUUUAUGCCUGUGGCUCUGGCAGAAGGAAUGCAUAAUCAUGAGUAGAAACUGAGAACAGUUCAAUGAAGAGAAUUGCUGUCGUAAGUGCAAUCAGUCAACAUAGUUGAGCACUAGUGCCAACUUUAGAGGAUGCUUUGAAUUUUUAGACCAAGGGGAAAUGUCGGGAUCGUGAGAAAUGUUCUCCAACUCUUUCAAUCUUGGGGUGACAAUUAUUGCUGCCCAUUGAAAAAUGUAGUAUUUGGAUAGCAGGUAUGGCCGUUAUCCACUGUCUUCAACUUGAACCGUAUAUAUAUAGUAGAAAGUAUUUUAAAGAACGUAUAUUUCUAAUUUCACGCCCACUUCUACAAGGUUCGCACUUCAACAAGGUUAGAGUAGAUGCAGCGUCAUUUUGUAUUAACUGACACAUAAAUAACGGUAUGAUCUAUAAGUCACGGGUUCGAACUGUGCAAUCAGUCACUGACACUUGCAUAGGAAGAUAGACUACCUACAUUAUGCCCUUGGAUGCGGCGUUUCUCGGAUCCUGCGUGAAUGCAAAAUGCUUUGUACACUGAAUGGCAACUGACAUAUAAAUUUGUAUUUGCCUAUGUCAAAGCUGUGGCAAUGGCGUGGUGUUGGGUUUAUUUUCAUUUAUAUAUUUUCACCCGGUGUCCUGUAUCUACUUUAGGGCCCGA